AUGCCUGAAAUUCAAAGUGGACCAGGUGACAAUGUUGAAGUCAAUCCCAUCGGGGAGCCUCGCAAAAAGACCAUCCCAAGUGUACUCUCUCUUGGCUCCAGAUUCUUUGAAUAUUACUCCUGGAGCAACAAGCCUGCGGACUUCCCCCUUGAUUCGCACUUCGACCCCGAUAGGCCCAAUAUCGGCGACGAGUUUAGUCUGAGUGGUCUUCAGCCAGUGAUCAAGAAGAAGGAUGAAGAUCUCUUUCUGCUGAAAGAUGCCAAUGAUGACUUUUACAAGUGGCACCUGGGGGAUGGAUCGAUGUUUUACUUGGAAACUAAAGAGAAGGAUCCGAUGAAGGUGGCGAUGAUGGUGAUGGAAGGAAUUCCUGAGGCCAAGUGGAUACCAAUUUAUGAUCCAGACACUUUUCCAAAAUAG